CGGGAAUGUGGGGGCUGCCUGCAAACAGGCGAGUUCAUGGUAGAAAUAUGAAGGGUUUGAAAAUAGACUAUUUAGUCACUGGGGUUUCAAGAAAGGGAUGGAGCUGGAAAAUUCCAUCUGGAAGGGAGACUGUGUAUGUGAGUGUCGUGCCUGUUUGUCUGUAACAGUGGAUAAGAAACGUCCUGGAACGGCUCAAAAAUACCUUGUGGCUUUCGCCUGAAUGUUUGUCCGUCCGCGUUGGGUUAUUCAUUCCUCCCCAUCUCCAGCAGCCUGGACAAGAGGGGACAGGAACCAUCCCCACCACCUGCAGCGCUUUGGGGCACCUAAACAUGUUUUUGCCAGAACUCCUUGUAGCCUAAAUGGCUUGUGUGUGUUUUUUCUGGAUAGGACUCCGGAAAGCAGGCACCUAAAGUGGUGCUUUGAAUCGAGCCUUUGUCUGGAGCGAGGAGCGGGGAGGCACCAUGGAAACACCUGAGCCUGUCACCAGUUGCUCCCUCCUCGGAGCAGGGGCACGGCUCUGAAGGCUGGCCGGGAGCCCGAGCAGUGCUGGUCUAGACACCGACGGGGUUGUGGGGGCGACGGCCGACGCUCUUGUUUUGUCUGGAAGGGCCAUGGCGGGGUUCGCCGCCGUCUUCUACAGCGAGCCGGCCGUGCUGGGGCUCCUGGGCAACGUGGUCAGCGCCUUCCUGCUCUGCCUGCAGAACUUCGCUGUGGCUCACAGCGGCCUCAGGCCGAGGGGGGCAGAGGACAUCCUGGCAGGUGUCCACCUCGUGCUGAUCGGAGGCUUCGUCCAGCUCCUGGCAGGAUUCCUCGCCUUCCGCAAGUACGACCACCUUGGGGGCGCGGCCUUCCUCACCUUCUCCGCCCUGUGGAGCAGCUACGGGGCCACGCGGAUCGUGUCAGCCGCCUACCCCUCCCCGCAGAACACCACGCUGCCCGCGGGGAACGGCAGCCACCUCCCGCCCCUGGGCGCGGCCCAGCUCUCCGCCAGCCAGAGCGCGGUGGCCGGGCUGGUGGCCUACAUCUCCAUCUCCUUCGUCCUCUGCUUCUGCUCAGCCACCAUCAACUACGUCAUGCCCUUCAUAUUCGGGGCCAUCGCCCUCGCCCUGGUGUUCGAGGCGGUCGCCCUGUUCUGCCAGUGGGCCCUGGUGGUGUCGGGGGCCAUCGAGCUGGUCAUUGUCACCUGCGGGUUGUACGGGGCGGUGGCUCUGCUCCUCAAGGGCAUCACACAGCGCUACGUCCUUCCUGGCUUCGGGCACCCCCUCUUCAAUGUCCUGCUCUUGGGGUCAGCACAGAAAAGCUCCUCCAAGGCCAUCGGGGAGGAAAAAAAAAAGAACACAAAGUACGCCGAGCCGAUGGCCCUGGGCAACAUCUGUGACACGGUGUCGCCCUUUAUCUUCGCCUUUUACUUCUUUGGGUACAUGAAGACCUUCUGUGUCGGGGCGGUGUGGAUCUCCAUCAUCUCCAGCUGCCAGCUGCUCUCCAGCUUCUACAGCUACCUCCGAGGUGAUGUCUACCACACAACCAAGUUUGGCGUCCACAGCCUCUGCUGGCUGGUGAUGUCUUGGGAAGAGUUCAUCCUCACCGCCUUCCUUGGGCUGCCCCGGGCUCAGGAGAGCAGGCUGGGAAUGUUUGGGGGGUGGUUCUUCCUGGCCACCGCCUGCACGCUGUUCCUGAUGUCCACCCACAAAGACACCCUGGAGAUGCUGCAAAACGCCUCCUUCUUCAUCCUCACGACGGCCUUCAUCCAUCAGAUCCCGCUGCCCGGCGCUCAGCCCCUCCUGGGCACCGCCUGCAGCCUCUGCACGGCCCUGUCCCUGUACGCCACCUUCGCCAGCCUCACCAACUCCAUCGGGGAGAAGGCCCUGAUCCCGGUGGGCGCCCAGGCCGUGUCCAGCUCAGCUCUCCAAACCGCGCUGGCGGCCCUCAAAGCCCUCCUCACGAGCACCAAGGAGCUCCCCGGCGGCACCGGCGCCGCCGUGCCCGACGCCUUGUUCUACAUCUGCAACGGCCUGGCCGCGGCCUCUGCCAUCCAGGGCGGCCUGGGGGACCCCGGCAGGCAGCAGCUCUCCAUCCCCUCCGUGCUCAUCCCGGGGGCCGUGGGGCAGCUCUACGUGUGCAGGAUCCAGGCCUGGGGAGGGAGGAGGUUUGGCUCCGUCCUCCCGUUCUGCUACGCUGCCUUCUGGGCGGCCUGGGCGUGGCUGCGCCUGGCAGCUUCCUCUUUUAAUGUGGUGCUGCUCUGUGUGACCCUUGCAAUGGAGCUCUUGAGCAUUUGUUUUCUGCUCUUUACACUGGAGAACCUCCCUUUGCCGUUUGAAAUUGUGGUGUUGAGCAUCUUCAGCAUCCUCUGCUUCUACGGAGCAACAGCAUCGCUGGCAAACUGCAUGUUUGGGAAGGACCUCCUGAUGAUGGGACCUCCUCUGUUCACAGCCGGGAGCUCCAAGAAGGACACCCAGGAUCCCCCACCCUGUGUGUGCCCCCAGUCCCACUGCACGAGUGGCCUGAGGACCAUCGCAGAGCUGCUGAACACGGGGGCCGUGUGUGGGGUCCCCACGGACACCGUGUAUGCCCUGGCAGCCUCCUGCAAACACCCCCAAGCCAUCGAGAAGGUCUACAGGAUCAAGGACAGGCCUCAGGAGAAGCCCAUCUGCAUCUUCAUUUCAAACCUGGACCAGCUGCGAGCAGCUGCUCCCCCCAUCAGCCCCUUGCUCUGGGAAUUCAUGGAAAAUGUUUACCCUGGUGGCAUCGGCUGCAUUAUCCAGAAAGGAGAGUGGCUGAAGAAGUUGGGGGUCGGAGCAGGCUACAGCAGGGUGGGAACUCAAGACAGCAUCAUGAUCAGAGUCCCUGACCUGACAGUCCUGGUGCACCUCAUCGACAUGACGGGGCCCUUGGCCGUCACGUCGGCCAACCCCAGCGGGGAGGUGGACAGCACACACCACGACAUGGUCAUCUCGCGUCUCGGCCAUAAGCUGGAGGGUGUUCUCUGUGAUGGAGAAUCUGACGAGGUGGUGGCAUCCACUGUGGUCAACUGCACAAAGAUUGAUGAAAGUGGCAUCACCAUCGUGCGGGAAGGCUGCAUCCCAGCAGGAAAAGUGAUGCAGAUCUUUGAGAGAGUGAAGAACAGAGUGCUCUGAACCAAAGGAACCUUCCCCUGAGCCAAGAAACAGAGUCUGGUCUCCCUAAAAGACACAGGAUGUCCCAUGCCUUGCUGGAGCACACGGCCUUGGGAGAGCCAUUCCUUCUCCUACCAGGUUCUUACCUCCUUGGGAACAGCAGCACUUCCCCACCUGCUGCCUCUCCUGGGAGCUUUCUGCGGUGAUUUCUUGUUUAUCCCCAGUAAGUGCCUGGAACCGCCGGGACACCUGCCCAUGGAAUACCAGCAGGAGCAGGAGUGAUGCUUUACUGCAGGAAUUCCCAGUGUUUCCAAAGCGCAGUGGACUGUGAAGGCCCUGGCUGCUUGUGUAUCCCCUUCCACAACACUCAGAUCUGUGUAUUUUAGAAUCCUAAAAUAAAUCCUCUAAAUAAAUCCUCU